CGUCGCGAAGCAUUAAUACUGUACUGGACUUUUAGCGACUGGUGUAUGUUCGAUGUGGAUGUCACGCUCUAAGGCAGAUGUUGUCGUUAAGAUUUAGAACAAGGAAUAGUCCCUCGCAGAAAACCUCCCUUAGGUGGGGUGACUGCUGUCCUGCUGACCAACUUCUGGAUCUCCUCACGUAGGUGAUCUUCUAGGGAGGUUCCGUUAUCGCUAAUCGCAUAUAUAUUUUUGAUACACGAAGAAACACAGAAAAUCGUACCAAAAUGAUCAACAUAGCAGGAGUUGUUUCAAUCGUUCUCUUCUACGUGAUAAUUUUAGCAGUGGGUGUUUGGGCAGGCAGAAAAAAAGAAGCUGGAAAUGACUCGGAAGAAGAAGUUAUGCUUGCAGGUCGCAACAUUGGAUUGUUUGUGGGCAUUUUCACCAUGACAGCAACAUGGGUUGGAGGUGGCUACAUAAAUGGAACAGCCGAGGCUGUUUACACAUCAGGCUUGGUAUGGUGCCAAGCACCGUUUGGAUACUCCCUAAGUCUAGUUUUCGGGGGAAUAUUUUUCGCCAACAAAAUGCGACAGCAGGGAUAUAUUACGAUGCUUGAUCCUCUACAGGACACCUUUGGGGAGCGGAUGGGCGGCCUAUUGUUCUUACCGGCUUUGUGUGGAGAGGUAUUUUGGGCAGCAGGAAUUCUCGCGGCUCUAGGUGCAACUCUCUCUGUAAUCAUAGACAUGGACCAUCGUACUAGUGUGAUAUUCAGUGCUUGCAUUGCCGUACUCUACACUCUGUUCGGGGGACUUUACGCGGUCGCAUAUACGGAUGUUAUUCAGCUAUUCUGUAUAUUCAUCGGUCUAUGGAUGUGCAUUCCAUUUGCCUGGACCAAUGAGCACGUGCAGUCUCUGUCCUCCAUGGACUACGACUGGAUUGGCAAAGUGGAGUCGGAAGAUUUGUUUUCCUAUAUAGACUACGGGCUGCUUUUGGUGUUUGGAGGUAUCCCGUGGCAAGUCUACUUUCAGAGAGUACUGUCUAGCAAAUCAGCCGACCGCGCCCAGUUGCUCAGCUAUGUUGCUGCUUUUGGAUGCGUCAUCAUGGCCAUUCCUCCAGUGCUGAUUGGUGCAAUCGCCAAAGGAACUGCUUGGAAUGAAACCGGCUACAAAGGUCCAUUUCCUCUAACCACCGAAGAAACCGGCAUGAUCCUGCCAAUGGUGCUCCAAUACCUCACUCCAGACUUUGUGUCUUUCUUGGGUUUGGGGGCAGUUUCCGCUGCCGUCAUGUCAUCAGCAGAUUCCAGCGUGCUCUCUGCUAGUUCGAUGUUUGCACGAAACGUCUAUCGGCUGAUCUUCAGGCAAAAAGCUUCAGAAAUGGAAAUCGUUUGGGUCAUGAGAGUGGCAAUUUUAAUUGUUGGCUUUUUAGCCACCGUCAUGGCAUUGACCAUUCCUUCCAUAUACGGAUUAUGGUCCAUGUGCUCUGAUCUGGUCUACGUGAUUCUGUUCCCGCAGCUUUUAAUGGUGGUCCACUUCAAAGAGCAUUGCAACACAUAUGGAAGCUUGGCUGCCUACAUCAUAGCAUUUUUAGUUCGAGUUUCUGGUGGAGAGCCCUUAAUGUCCCUACCAGCUCUUAUACAUUUUCCGGGCUACGACGAAGUGAAUCAAGUGCAGAAAUUUCCCUUCCGAUCCGUUGCCAUGUUGCUUUCGCUGAUCACCCUCGUUUUCGUCUCAUGGGGUACCAAGCACGUAUUCGAAACUGGCAAACUAGCUCCGGGUUACGACUUCUUCCAUUGCGUUGUCAAUAUUCCUGAAGAUAUCCAGAGAGUUGGAGACCCAGCCGAAGAAGGUGAACAGCUGGCCGUCAUGACAUCGGGUACCAUGGGAAAAAUGUACGGCGCAGCCACUCUAGUAGGUAAGGAUGAACGAAAUGGUAGAAUUAAUCCAGCUCUUGAGGCAGAUGAUGAUAUUUCUGCUUCGGAGGUUGAUAGGUUACGUAGCUCUGUAUCUUCAGCGGGUGGUGGAAAUAAAAGUGCACCAGCCGCUAACCCUGGUGAAAGUUACCAAACUAAAUUGUAAAAGCUUGAUGUAGUGGAAUGAACGCUUUGCUUUUGAAAGAAAUGUGACUUUAGCACCUCCAAAAUGCCGUCUUUGGAUAACCGUCUGGGCCUGAUUUCAAUAGAGAAAUAUCCAUUGAAAGCAAAUAAAAUAAAUAUAUGAUUCUGCAUGCAUUGACUGAAAGUAUUUGUAAUGUGAUCGGUUUUCUUAAAAAUAUUAACUUUUUUAAAAAAUAUAAGCAACUUUUCUCAUACGCUAUGCGUGUCAAAGAAGUGCUUUUCAGUUUCCGAACAAUAUUUGAAAAAUAUGGUGCGAAGAUUGAGUAGAAUUUUCAUACAAUUAAGAACCUCGUUGAUAUUCAUAAUUUUGCUAUAACUUUAUUCCGUUAUGUUUUACACUCAAAAUUUGAAUAUUAAUUUUUUAUUAAUUAAUUAAGUGUGUGGCUCAAUUUUUUGCUUAAAAAUGGUACAUUUUACGUAGAAAAUAAUUCAGCAGCAUUUCAGUUCUCGAUUAAUCAAGGAGUCGGAAAGAAAGAAACCGUUUUUCAAAACGUGCAGGGUCUCAUUGUCUUUCGUUAAAGUAACACAUAUAGUUUCUAACUAUUAGGUAUUUAAAAUAAAAUAAAACCAUAAUCAUUUUUACCAAGAUUUUGAAAGUAUUAAUCAAACCUAAAAUGCAAAUGUACUUGAUAUUUCGGAAAUAAUGUGUUUAUUCGCAUUUUCAAUGCUCAUUUUUUCCUAUUCCAACAGUGCCACAAAAUGUAAGAUUUUUCCGUUAUUAUGCAAUGAAUUAUUUAUACAGUGAGUCCCUAAAGUAAUGUCAAAAUUUAUUUAAAAUUCAACUGGUUGUUUUAUGGAAAAAUUUACGGAAGCGUCAAUUUUUAUUUGAAAGUGCGAUUUUUUAUAUAAAAUUUAUUUAUACAGGGUGUCCUAAAAAUAUACCUACCAUCAAGUUACUUUUUCUUAAUGGAAGCUCUUGCCAUUUAUAAAAACUUCUUGCAUAUUGCUAUUUGGAUUUUUUUUCCUUCGUAAAUUCCUCGUGGCCUGUAGAGUUUACGUACAUGACAUGGUAGCUGAAUCAUACUUGAACAUGAACUAAAUGGAAAAUUUAAAAUUGAAAUUAAAAUGUAGUGGGUGCCUAAAAAUAGGUGCUUCCAUUUGAAAAAAAUAAGUUUAUGGCCUUUACUUAUUUUAGGACCAUCCUGUAUGUAUAACUUUGGCAAAAAAAAUUGCGUUUAAAAAUAAAAAUUGUGGGGUUAGAGCUUUUUUAAAAUACAGUAUGCUGAAUUUAUAAUUAAUUGAGAAAUUACUUCUGAGGUUCACUUUGUAUGUAAAAGCCCGAACUUGCAAAUUCGCCAAGUUGCUGCAUUUUCGACAUCGUUAUUAAUGAAACCGACUGCGCCCUUUUGCUUCAAUAAUUAUUCUGGUCACCAACUUACAUAAGAUCGAUGUAACUCAAUUUUUAAUGAAAAAAAUGUAAAACUUGCCACCGUCUGCCGACUAACUGAAUCUAAAGUCCAUUUCUGCUGAAAGCACUGCUAAUUCACAAAUCUAUAAAUAUAAUCGAUUUAGUUUCCCAUCUAGAUGUUGAAGCGUGACUGUUGCCUGUCUAUUCUGAAUGCGCCUUAAGUAGCUGAAGAACUCGUUUUGGGAACUCCCUGUAUGCAAAAACAUGUCAAUUGGAAAUUAAUACCGUUUGAUUUGUUUUGGAAAUUGUGUUGUUUCCACGAACGAAACGUCGAAAUAUAUAUGAAUUCUUCCGAAUUCCAUUAUUAUUGACAAAUAAUUUCGAAAUAUUUAGCUCAAAUUGCAGUCCGCGGCUUCUUUCCAUUAAGAAUUCAUAAUUGAUGUUAGUCGUUGAAAUUUAAAGAAUCUACGUUAGUCCGUUGGAGUGUUCAGAUUUGUAAAUUUUAAUCGAUCGAUAAUCGAAAUAAUCGACUAGUAGAACGAGUUUUGCCAUGAAUUAAACAGCUAGGUGAUGAGAUGUUUAGUGACCUCUGCAGGAAUAAUUCACCGAAUUUGGUUGAAAAUAAAUUUACCUUUUUAGGUCUCUCACAGAAAUUUGUCAGACAACUUUUAAAAACGAUUAAAAGCUGCAUUCAUGCCUAAGAGUGUGUCAACUUGAGCAGAAACACCUAAAAUUUUACAGAGAUCAGCGUUUCGUAAAAGAAACUUUUUGGACUAUACUUACUAGCUUAAAGCUUGCUGCCAUUUCUCUCAAAAACAGCUAGAGCUACGAUAAAAAUAUAAAAGACAAAAACGUUAUGGAAAAUUUAGGGCUGCAUCCAAAUGAUUGAUGAUCAAUAAUAUAGGAUCGUAAGUUUUAGCUGUAUAACAUUGAAUAAACACAUUGUCAAAAAAAACUAUAAAAGCUACAUGAAAAAGUCCGCAAAACAAUUGAAAACUGUGUAAUUACAAAAUCUCACAAAUAUUAAAUAUUUUUCUUAUUAAAAGUUACCGCGGGUUUGUAUGAGUGUUUAAGUUUGGUGAGCCCUGCUAAUGCAACCUGAGUCACCUCACUCUGUAAAUCCUAAAGGACCUACUUUUCGUAAACAAGAAAUAUAGUACGUUUUAAUAGAUGAAAAGUGAAAUUAAAUAAUCUUCAACAGCCGUUAUAUAAUAAAUAGAUUUACUUGCAUCAGGUCCAGACUUAUUGAAAUUGUAAUAUUCGAAAUGAAACGCAGAAAUCAACACUGGUAAAAAUCGCUGUAAAAUCGAAAUGAAAAUAUACAAACGCUUUAAUGUAAUACUACCUAUUUUUCAUCUUGUUCGAAAAGGCUGGAAUGACUCUUUGAUGCACAUUUCUAAAUUAUUCUACGCUAAAAUGAACUUACAAAUGCGUUAAUUCCUCAAAGAUUACAUCUCGAAUAGUAAUCGAAAAACUAUUACAUAUCAGUGCAUACAUAUCGUAUUAAAAGUAAUAAAAUGUUAUUGUUGUUAAUAACUUAAAAAUCUUUUUAGCUCUAUUUAGCCUAUAAGAUUCUACUUAAUAAUCUUUAUAUAAUUGUUAAAGAUAAUCGAAGAAAAUAUUUUCCACACCACCAUCAUUUAUAGCCAGAAACGUUUCAUCUGAAUCAUACAUACUUCACUCAGAAAGCAAUUUUACUGAUAGUAAUCUUACCAGUGAAAAAAAGCUAUUUUAUGAAAUAUUUACUGGAGUUAUCAUAGCCUUCAAAACUAAAAAACUUGUAGUUUGUCCAGGCAUGUUUGUUUAGUAAAAUAAAUUCGAAGCUGUUAGUUACAUUUUGUUGUAUGGAAUUUAGGUAGUUGUAUGAAUUUUUAAUGAAUGUUGAAGCACAAAAGUUAUAACUAAUACAUAUCUAGAGAACAUAUCAUUAUAUUGUUGUUGCGUCGCUACCUAUGAUAUUCCCUAUUCUCUGUUAUUGAUGUUAGUACCUUAGUAAAAUCAUAGUUAUCAUUAUUGGCCUAUAAAACAGAUGGUUGCAAUUCGUUAUAUAAAACCCUAAUUUUAGCACAUGCUUCUGUCAUAGAAAAAUACAUUCUCUAGAUACGGUACUAACAUUAAAUUCCUAUAAAUAAAUGUAUAGAGAAUAAAGUGUAAUCUAGGAUAAACAUCAUCUGAUCUUUGUCAAUCUACUCAGUAUAGACUGUCACCUUUUCAAGAUGUGAAACCUUUAGAUUUGCUGUAUAAAAAUAAUAUAUAAUAAUGUAAAAUAACGACUAGGCAAAUAAUUUAGGAAAUAGCCGGGUAUAUUAUUGUUGUAAAAUGGAGAUUAAACUAAAUUCAUAAAUGCAAA